AUGGUUGACGAUCAAAUAAUACCGGUCGCCAACGAUGCGGCUACACCCUUCAAUGCUUGCCAGUACGAGUAUCCUAACGAGGAGCUGGACGAAAAGCUGAUGCCUAAAGAGGGUCCAGGAGGCGCUUCUGAGGAUUCAUACUUCAUCAGUCGAGAGAUAUUCAUACGUAUAUUGGGAAUUAUAUACUUUAUCUCGUUCCUGGGACAUUAUAACCAAGAUAUCGGACUGAUUGGAGAAAAUGGUGUGUGGCCGGCAAACGAGCAUCUGAGCGAGUUGUCUAAUUCCAGCGGAUCCUGGAAAAUGUUGGAUGUUUCCGCUUUCUUACCCAUAUGUGACACAUGUAUCACAAUUUUACCGAUUGUUGGUAUGAUUCUGAGUGUGUUAAUUGUUGUUACUCGUAUGGCUAGUUCAUGGUUAUGUUUAGCAAUUUGGCUCAUCAAGCUGUCGCUGAUUACUCUCAGAUCAUCACUUCCCAAGCACAAUGCCGAUCUGUUGCUCUUAGAAACAGGUUUCCUUGCAAUAUUUUUGUACUCGCCAUUUGCUUUGUUUGGAUAUCGACACAAGGAAUGGGGUGUCCCCAUGACAUGUAGAUGGGCCUACUAUUUCCUUUUGUAUCGAGGGAUGCUUUGUUCGGGUGUAGACAGGAUUCUCGACGGACCACCUCAGCCUGAUAACAACAAUUACAAACAUCUGUUGCAAGGCGUACCCCUACCUUCAUCGCUAACAAAUUUGGCUUAUACCUUUGUCUCUGGUUCCAAUAUCAUAGGUGCUAUCAUUGCGAACAUACCCAUAUUUAUCGAAUGUAUCGCUUCGACUUCACUCCUUGUACCCAUUCGCUCAUGUCGUAUAACUGGUGGUUUCAUAGCGUUGAUACACUCCCUCAUCUUAAAUUUCUUCAGUGAGUUUGGCACUUUCUACAUCUUGCUCGCAUCUUGUGCGCUAUUCUGUUUCGACGAUGCGCUAUGGGAUCGUAUGGGAUGUGGUUGUGUCCAACGAAUAAUUAAACAAGACGCUGAGGAAGAACCUGAGGAGGAGCAAGCUAUUGAAGAGGGGGAAUCUAAAGACGAUACGGCUAGCGCUACUGACGGUAAGCGUAAAUUUGCCGACAAGGUCAUCGAUGUAUUGACGUACCGUUCGAAGAAGAAAUAUAUCAGAGAUUCAUUGUUCUCUCAGGAAGCAUACGGUCUUAGUAUAUCGGAACAACACUACCGUUAUUUGCAAUUGGCAAUCCAAGUCAUACUGGUUUUCGGCCUAUCGUUUUUAACAUUCAACCUUAUAUUCACCAGAUAUCAUAUGGGUAUCAAAGCGUUCCUCAUAUUCUGUCACGCCCUUCUGCUGCAGGUUCAGUGUGAUGCCAUCGGCACCCGUGAAUCUCAUAUAACGGUCGCCGGUACGCUAUUCGCGUUACAUAUCUGGUUAGUGCUGGAGAUAAUGAUUUGUGGUAUCGGUAUGUGGAAUUUCUGGCUGUGGAUCGGUAUUACGGAGCUACAACUAGGUCUUUGCAAAACCAAAAAGUCAUUGUAUAAGAUUUCAAAUCUUUUGUUGCAAUCUGUGAUUGCACUUAUUGUUUUGUAUUAUGCUCUGCCGAUUGUCAUUUUGUCUUUGACCAACAGCCGUUCAACGGCUGCGAUCAGGGCGCCUUUUGGUAUUGUAAACAGUUAUGAGAGGUUGGGCGUGAUAGGUAAACCUAGACAUGACGUCAUCAUCCAGGGUACCAAUGAUGCGGUAGUUACAACCGCCACUAAAUGGAAGUCUUAUAAUCUGCACAGCUCUCCGGUAGAGGCAGCCAAGGGUAAUGCUUCAGUUCCCGGAUACAACUAUGAGCUUGACAAUCUUUUGCGUGAUGUGGGUAACAGGCAACUUGGAGCACAAUCUACAGUGUUGCCACGAUUUUUGUUAUCACUCUUAAGGGCUCUGCUCCUUAACAAGCCAACUGCUAUAGCUCUGUUUGCUACCAACCCUUUUGAGGGUGUUCCUCCUAGGUACGUCAGAGUUGUGCAGUACAACUACGAGUUUGCCGAGCCCAACGAUCGUUCUUGGUACGUCCGCCGCAAGCAGACACAAAUAGUACCGCCUCUUACGUUAAAACACUCAAAUGAGCAGAAGAAGGACCGUGUGACGACUCGUGAAAAGCCCGUAGAGCCGCAACAAAAAACCCCGGCUAAAGUGCUUCAUGUUGUACAUGACAUGCCACCUGCGCGAAACAUUCGCGGAGUUCCAUUAGAGCUGGCAGACACUUUUACCGAGGGCGCACCGCCAACGGACUCACUCAUGCUUACCAAAGUUUAA